UCAUAACCGUGUCAGGGCAGUUCUUCGAACGGACACGACUUCGACCGACAAAACUUCGUCGGACUAGCACUUUUUCCUCAUUUUUUCUAGUGACCAGUAAAGCGCAAGAUUACCAAAUUACCCAAAUGUUUGACCAUGCAAAAAAUCUUCGUUUAAAUGCAGAUGUAAUUGAAAUUGAAAAAGACAACAAAGGGCGUAUCGGUAUUGCUAUUGGAGGAGGUGCACCUAUUUGUCCAUGUCUUUAUAUUGUUCAAAUAUUCGAAAAUACACCUGCAAAAAAGAAUGGACUUAUUGGAUUGGGAGAUGAAAUUGUGUCAAUAAAUAGAGAAAGUGUUAGAGGAUUCGAAAAAUCUGAAGUUGCUUCAUUAAUAAAGGAAACCCAAGGUCCAAUAAAAAUUUCAUUAAAUCGUCUCCAAUUUGAUUCUGAAAGCGCCUCACUAACUAUUGAUAUUUUGUUGAAGAAAUUUAAACAUCGAUUUGUAGCUUCUAUUGAUGAUGAUACGGCUGAUGCUUUGGGGCUUUCCCGAGCUAUUUUGUGUAAUGAUGUUCUUGCAAAACUUAAAGAGCAAUUAGAAGCUAACCAAAAAUUCUACAGAAAUUUAAUUAAAAAAUCAGAAGAAAUGGCUAAAUAUUAUCAUGCAAUAUAUGACACACAAAAUUGUAUUGGGAGUGUUUUUUCAGAACUUUCGAUCAAAGAAGUAACAGGCGAGGAAGUUAAUCUCAAGAAGGACUUUACUGGUCUCUCAGAUAUUCAUAAACACUUAAGCACUGGUCAUCAUUUAUUCUCCAACAAAUUAGAAUCACUCGUUAAAGCACUAAAAUGUCAUGCUGAAGCAGCCAUUCCAGAUGUUCACCAAACGUUAACAAAAUAUUUGGAUGCAAAAUAUGAAUAUUUAGCAUAUUGUUUACGUGUGAAGGAAUUAGAGGAUGAAGAAGCCGAAUAUGGAAUGAUUCAAGAACAUUUACCAAGAAUGCAAACAGGGAAUUACGAAUACCGAGCAAUGCUACGACAUAGAGAACAAAGCCGUGAGAAUUUUUUGGAGAAGAGAAAAACGGUUGCAGUAAAAAUUGAGUUGCUAGAUGAAAGACACGUUCGAGAGUUGGCCCUGCAACUUAAGAAUUUGAUUAAUGAAAUGAGAGAUAUGCAUGUUAAAUCACGUGAUGAGAUUUCAAAAAUUAUGUAA